CAGGGCCAGCCUUGCAUCAUCCCCGCCGGGCUGCAGCGGCGGCGCGGGCGCCUUGCCUAGCCGGGGCUGCAGCAGCGGGCAUCGGGCGGCCCGGCCGGCGGCAUGGAGAGGCCGAGCGAGAGCUGGAACGGCCACGUGCGGAGCGGCGCCCUGGCCGGGCGGGAGGCGACGGCGGGCCGGGCGCUGCCCGCGGAGCCGGCCCGGCGGCGGGGCGGGGGCUGCGGCCGCUGCCUGAGGAAGCACUGCCUGGUCAUCCUGACCGUGGCCGGCGUGCUGCUCGGGGUGGCCCUGGGCGCGGCCGUCCGCGGCGCCCGCCUGAGCCGGGCGCAGGUGGCCGCCCUGGCCUUCCCCGGGGAGCUGCUGCUCCGCAUGCUGCGGAUGGUCAUCCUGCCGCUGGUGGUCUGCAGCCUGGUCUCCGGCGCCGCCAGCCUGGACACCCGCGCCCUGGGCAAGCUGGGGGGCAUCGCCGUCGCCUACUUCAUGGGCACCACCCUGGUGGCCUCCGCGCUGGCCGUAGCCUUGGCCUUCAUCGUCCGACCCGGGGCCGGGGCCCAGGCGCUGAACACCAACGCCCUGGGGCUGGCCGACGCCCUGCCCACCAGCAAAGAGACGGUGGACUCCUUCCUGGACCUCGCCAGAAAUCUGUUUCCUUCCAACCUGGUUGUUGCUGCUUUUCGAACGUAUGCAACGGAUUAUAAGAUAAUAGUAAGAAACAUCUCCAUUGGAAAUGUUACAUUUGAGAAGAUCCCUAUUGCCACAGAGAUCGAAGGGAUGAAUAUUCUGGGACUGGUUUUGUUUGCUCUGGUUUUGGGAGUAGCUUUGAAAAAGCUUGGCCCAGAAGGAGAAGAUCUGAUUCGUUUCUUUAACUCAUUCAAUGAGGCAACUAUGGUCUUGGUGUCUUGGAUUAUGUGGUAUGUGCCUAUUGGCAUUACGUUCCUUGUUGGAAGCAAGAUUGUGGAAAUGGAAGAUAUUGUCCUUCUGGUAACCAGCCUGGGAAAAUACAUCUUUGCCUCAAUUCUGGGUCACGUCAUCCAUGGAGGAAUCAUUUUGCCGCUUGUGUAUUUUGCAUUCACACGCAAAAAUCCUUUCAGCUUUCUCUUAGGACUUAUAACGCCAUUGGCAACGGCCUUUGCCACUUGUUCAAGCUCAGCUACUCUCCCAUCAAUGAUCAAGUGUAUUGAAGAAAACAAUGGAGUAGACAAGAGGAUAAGUAGGUUCAUCCUUCCUAUUGGGGCCACUGUGAACAUGGAUGGAGCCGCUAUAUUCCAGUGCGUGGCAGCUGUGUUUAUUGCUCAGCUGAACAAUGUUGACCUCAAUGCUGGACAGAUCUUUACUAUUCUUGUGACUGCCACUGCAGCCAGCGUUGGAGCAGCUGGAGUCCCAGCUGGAGGUGUUCUGACCAUUGCUAUUAUCCUGGAGGCCAUUGGACUUCCCACCAACGAUCUAUCCUUGAUAUUAGCAGUGGACUGGAUUGUGGAUCGAACCACCACUGUUGUGAACGUUGAAGGAGAUGCCCUGGGAGCAGGUAUCCUUCAUUAUCUGAAUCAAAAAGAAAUGAAGGCAAAAGAGCAGGAGCUAAAUGAAGUCAAUGUAGAAGCAAUUCCCAACUGCAAAUCUGAAGGGGAAACAUCACCUCUGGUAACACACAGGAACCAAGUCCCAACCCCAGCCAGUACUGCGGAGCCAGAGUCAAAAGAAUCAGUACUGUGAACUUGGGGAAAGCCUGCAAACAGGUGGACUGCUGACUUGUUAACAUGCUAGACCAUUUGCACUGCUGUUAGGGACUGGCUGUGUGUUCACCUUUUGAGUUUCAGUGGCAAUGAUUUAAAGCUACAGAUUUGUUAGGCA